CUAGUCGAUCCAGAAACAAAUACCUUAUCAGAAAAAUGUCUCCAAGAAGCAUUAAGAGCUUACUUUGUCUAUCAAGAUGGAUAUACAGAACAUCUUGAACGAAUCUUCCGAGCUACAAAAUACAAGCCUAUUUAG